AUGGAGGAAGAUCCUGUCGAACUCGUCGUUCCCGAGCCCAUUCCGGAACCCACGCCCUCGGCCCCGCCAGAGGAAGUCGAAAAGGAAGAGCAGCCAGCACAGCCUACCCCGCCUGCUGAACCUACAACUGCUGCACCACCUCAACACCCCUUCCUAGACCGCAAAGACUUUUACAUACCUCCUGCAUCCCGUCUUCCUGAAGGCAGCGAACUGGCGCUCGCAAAGGCGUUUUUGAUGACGCAGAGCGAGAAAAGCAAUUUAAAUCUAUAUGACCAUUUGACCGAGGUUAUCGUGAGGAUUUUGGAGACUAGACCGGGGAAUGUAGUUGAUGCUUUUGAGACUCUUUCUGCGGAUAUCAAGAGAUCGCAUUUUGUGGUGGACCGGCCUAAUGCCCCAGGAGCUUUUCAAAAAGCGUCAGAAGUUGCUCCUGCCAAUGAAAUUGGAGCGGCUCAAGUCAAGCUGUUUGAGAAAUCGGGUUUGGAAGAACCUGGGGAUCCUGAAGCGUUUGGUGAAAUUCCGGAUAUUAUGGACCUUUCCAAUCUAUGGGAAUGGGCUGGGGUUUCCCUUGGGAAAGAAGAAACGUUCAUGCUCUUUCUCUCCCUCAAGAGUCUUGUAACGAGUAAACCCCUCCAGUCCGUCCGUUUGUGGGGCAAGAUACUGGGUGCAAAAGCGAAUUAUCUCAUCAUUGAAGGUGAAUUGAAGGAAGGUGCUGUGGAUGAGGAUGCGCCUCAAGUUGAAGAAGAGGUGCAAGAAAAUGCGGAAGAAAAGAAGGAAGCCGAGGAGGAUGAGGACGUUCCCAAGCGUAAAGAGAAGCCCGUCAUUCCGCUUCCGAGAGAGGAAAGGGUUGGCGUAAAUAAAUACGUUUAUUACGUCUGUAAUUACGCUGGAGGCCCCUGGACCCGUCUUCCGGACGUCAUCCCCGAGAAACUCCAAGCUUCCCGUCGAAUUCGAAAGUUUUUCACCGGGGACUUGAAUCACAAGAUCGUCAGUUACCCCCCCUUCAACGACACCGAAGCUCAAUAUCUCCGCUGUCAAAUCGCGCGCAUUUCCGCCGCAACGGUCGUUAGUCCGUCCGGAUACUAUACAUUUGACCAAGAAGAUGAGAACGAGGAUGAAGAAAAUCCACAGCCCCAAAAUAUUAUCAUCAACCCCGAAUUCGAAAGUCUCUCCCCAGAGCAGCUUAUCGAUCCAGCCAACUGGGUUCACCAUGUUCCCUACAUCCUGCCACAAGGUCGUGUCACCUGGGAGAAUCCUUUGGGACAAAAGGGUGAAGAAGAAGCCAAUGAGGAUGAAGACGAAGAGGAAGGAAGUGACGCUGGAGAGGGAGAAGAGGAGCGAGAGAAUGUCGAGCCCGAGACUGGACCAGGGAUUUUGUCGCCGCUGAGUAGUGAUGAAGGGCCAUAA